GACUGGCUUCGGCAGAAUUUCUCCAAAACACGUUGUGUCGUAUAUUAUAUUGAAGUCGUUCGUGUUCGUCGGGAGAAAGUAUUGCGGUGAGAAAAGGCAAGAGGCCAGAGUUAUUUCUGACGUCCAUGAGUCAAAAGAACACCACAUCCCACAAUGCAACGCGUUGUGUUGCCGCGUAAAAAUGGCGGCUUCCACUGCCAAUGUGGAAGGUAUUACAGGACUGUUAAAAGACCAUUUAUCAAAAGUUGGAUUUGAAAUCUACCCUCUGAAGGUGGGUUGGUAUAACUCCAUGCUGCCUCCCACCCUGCGCCUGGAUCACCCCGAUGACACCCUGGCCCUGCUGGUGCUCAGCACUCCCGCCAUGUUCGAGCAGGCCUUCCUGCCCUUCGUGGAGGAGAGGGGCUACGAGGGGCUGUCCGACCCCAUCGACCAGUGCGUCAAACACUGCGUGUCCUCCGCCGUCUCCCAGUGUUUCCCCGGACAGGAGGUGGACGUGAGGUACGACUACGAGAUGCUGCCCAGCAGGAAGCCAAAGUUUGUGGCGCAGACCGCGGCUCACGUGUCCGGAGCGGCGUUCUACUACCAACAGUCUGACGUCACAGAGCAACCCUGGGCUGGGAAGAAGAUGUUCGGAGUGUGUGUGCACCCGAGGUUCGGCGGCUGGUUCGCCAUCAGGGCGCUGUUGGUGUUCGGGGGCGUGACGCCGGGCGCGGAGACGCCGCAGCCCGAUCCUCCCGACUGCGUGCCCUCCAGGGAGGGAAGGAUAGAGCUGCUGGAGGCGUUCAACUUCCACUGGCGGGACUGGAGCUACAGAGACGUUGUGACUCCGGUGCAGAUCUACUCUGAGAGGCAGAAGGACUACUUCUCCACUCCGCCCUCCAAGCGGGUCGCUCUGCUCAAGACGUGGGGCUUCGCGCCCAGAGAAGGCGAGCGGGCGGCGGCGUACGGACACGGCUGAUCCCGGCUGCGCCGAAGAAGAAGCAUCGCACGUCCUCUCCCGUCCGACGGCGAGCGUCGGUGGGAAUGAAGGUCGAUACGGGAUGCCCUCGCAUGCACCUUGUGAGUGUCGGGACCGCAUUAUUUAGAGGAAUGCACCUGGUGUCCUUGCUGCUCGUGUCACACAGAAACACUCUUUGGACUUUGUGUCAUUUGACACUAUCAACACAAGAGGAUUCAUUAAAAAAACUCCCAGACUGCCUUUAAAUUUUGGAUCUUUGUGUGCUGGUGCAUGACCGCAAAGAGGAAUACAAAGAAAUGCAUUCCUGAUUUAAUUUGUUUUUAUUUAAUUCACUGAUCAAUUUUGAGAUUUUGUGCCCGUUUUCUUUUCUUUUUUUUGCUUCGAAAACAUUUUUUGGGUAAGACUUGUUGAAAUAAAACAUAAAAAAUAUACAAUAAAGAGUUUAUUUAACUACUUAGUCUAUUUGCAUCUAUAGAUUUCUCCUAAAUUCACCAACAGUUUCCUUUAGAUAUUGCUGCAUUUUUAAAUAUUUAAACAUAAGAUGCCAGAAAACUUGUCAUAAAAAAAGAAGUAUAUAUUGAGUAUAUAUUUAUUUAUAUAGAUAUCCUUGUGUUUUCUUUAUUCACAUGUAAUUUCCUAUAUAUCUUAUGAGUCUCUUAGCAGAGGGGUUCAUACAUGCACUUUUACUUUUAUAUUUUUUAUGGCUGAUGGUCGUAAUUUCUUAUUCAUGGAGUUAAAUAAAGAUAUAUCCCAAACUCCA